AUGCUACGCAUUGUGUCAUUGGGUUCGAUUGUGGACGACCCGCGGUUUAUUUAUCGUAACAAACACAAGGCUAUGCCGUACCCGGUAGGCUAUACGAUUGAGCGAGGCGUCUUUAUUGGUGCUGGCGGAAACGCACUUGGUGAGAAGGCAAAAGUGCUGUUUCCAGGUGAUGAAGGUGCGGACGCGCACGUGGCUGACGUGUACUUCACGGCCUCGAUCAAGAAAGGGCUGGAUGGGGGUUCACUUUUUGAGGUCAUCCGCAGUGAUCGACCAGACGUUGUCCACAGCGGCGAUAAUCCUUCCACUCCGUGGCGAAAGGCGUUUGAUGCGGCCGCGCAGGACUUUUCGGAGAGGUUGGGGGAAAUUGUGGGGGAGAAGCGUGACGCCAAUGGCGGCAUGGUGGUGCGUGGACCACGGUGGUUUGGGUUGACCCUCGAUAGCGUCUCAGCACGCCUCAAGACACUGCCGGGUGCCAGUGUCGUGUUUCGCGAUGGCAAGGAUGCUUCACGGGAAGGAAAGAAAACACGAGAGGGUGGGGCCACCACGGCAACGGCGGCCACGACCACAGAAAAAGGAAAGAAAGAUUCACGGACAAGGAGUUCUGCGGCAAGUUCACAGCAGGUUUUGUCACGGACCGAUACAUCAGCUCCUUCGAAAAGGCGGCGUGUCACGGAGAAAGAGCAGAACGACGACAGUGACACCAAGGCGAUUAUUGAUGAUGAUGAUGAUGUCCCUCUCAACUUGCUAGUUACAGGAAGGAUCAGUGGGUUGCAUGAGCCGUGCCAGGUGUGCGGUCUCCGGACUUCGUUUUGCCCCAUGACGGGUAAACCACACGGGGUGGCCAAGUCACAGAGAAGCAGUGGGGUCUCUGCGCAGGGGGAGGCUUCAGGCAAAAAAAGUCGGACACCGCUAAAGUCAAAUGUGCCGUCGGAUACUGUCGAGACGGCAUCGAAUCGAGCAGGAAGAAAACGAUUGCGUGACACCAAUGGCGUUGACGCAGCGAAUGCACCAACUGUUAAAAGGUCGAGAGGGGGUGCGAGUAAGCCGGCGACUCGACAAAAGACGGUGAAGGUGGAAACCCCUUCUGCGUCUGCAGCAUCAACACAGGAUGGUCAGAGGAGACGACUGGUACAGUUAAAGUUGCCUGGGCAAGAAAGUAAGACAGAGUCCGUGGACAUGGAGGAGAUGCCAUUGACAACACUUCUUGCAAGGAAAAUGUUGACAGCGACUGGCUCCGUUAAAACGGUGUCGUCGCCACUUCCCACUUUACCAUCACCAACACAGUCGCCAUUCUGGAGACCCCCACUUGCGGAACCGGAGUCGCAGAAGGCAUUGCGGGUUCUCCAGCGUCUUAUUCGUGCGGAGGAAGUUAUUCAUGUACCGUUUGCCUCGUUGCUUCACCUCCCGUUAGUGGCUUCCGCGAAACCACGAACAGUGAAGAAGAAAAAGCAGGAGGGUGAAGAUACCACAGUUGCGGAGGAGCCUGGGGAGGACGCUGGUAAUGUUAUGGACGAGGACAAUUCUGCAGCAGCCACAAUAGCGGGAAAAAAGAAGAAUUUGGUUGAGGGAAAGGACCGCCAUCCGCUGGAUAUUACAGAUGUUGCUUUUAGCGUCGCAGGGAAGCGAUAUGUGAAAUUCAUGCAGUUAUACACAAGCGAGAGGAUGAAACUUGAUUUAUUGAAAAAGGCUGACGUGAUUCAACCGGUUCAAAGAACACGUGGGACCGAAAAAAAGCAUACAGAAACGACCGAGGGGGUUGCUCCAGCUUCUUCUUCUUCUAUUCAUGCAGAUGAGGAAAAUAAUGAAUUAAAGCAGGAGCUGCAACAGAGUUAA